CUGGUGACGGGCGUGGCGGGCGGGGAGGGCGCGGGUCCCGCAGGAGUCGUGUUCCGGCACUAGUGGGGCACCAGCCCGGCGUGGCGAGGCGGGGGCGGGGGGGGGGCGGCGGGAGACCCGGAGGAGGACGCGUCGGGGCGGGUGCGCCCAGUCCAAGGGCACCGGCGGUCUGUGGGCCCGGGAGGGGAGCUGGGGCCGAGCCCAGGCGGCGGGAGAGAGGGCGAGUCUGAUUCAGGAAGUUGUGUCUCUGACAUCAGGGGCAGGACGGAGUUGGAGUGAAACCUCAAAAAUGCGAGGCAUCGGCCGGAGGGAGGGCAGAGAACGCAGAGGGUGCGUUCCUCCAGGCCAGCGGCAGGUACGCGCGGCGCCCGGCCCCCGCUGAGCCCCCGACUCGGCACCUGGCUCCACGCGGGGGAGGGGCGGGGGGGGCGGGCUUCCGCACCCGGACCUUCACCUCACCCGGGACUGUCGCUGUCAGACGGGCCGCGCGCGCGCGGGAGACCCCUGAGCCACCGCGCCUGCAGGAAGCCCUCCGGUGGACUGAAAGAGAUGGAGAAACUGAGGCCCAAAGUGAGUGAAUUACCUCCCAAGGAUGCACACUGAGUCACAGCUGCUAACAUUGGCAUGCCCAAACCCAAAGCUGGAAGAGGAAUAACUUACAAGUGGACAAGGCUGCAUCCUCUUGAGCCCAGGACUUGCUAGUGAGCUGAGAGUUUCCUUUGGCCCCAGUCUAGCCAAGCACCAUGGAGAAAAUCAGCUCCUUCUUCAGUCUCAUUUGGGACACCAUCUUGACCAAACACCAAGAGGGCCUCUUCAACACCAUCUGCCUGGGCAUCCUUCUGGGGCUGCCACUGCUAGUGGUCAUCACGUUCCUCUUCAUCUGUUGUCAUUGCUGCUGGAGCCGGCCAGGCAAGAAUGACCAACAGCCAGAGCGAAACAAGGGGAAGAAGAGGAAGAAGAAGAAGAAGGCUGAAGAAGACCUCUGGAUCUCUGCUCAGCCCAAGCUUCUCCAGAUGGAAAAGAGGCCAUCACUGCCUGUCUAGUUAGGCAGGAAGCAUAGGCGUCCUUUCUCGGGGGCUAAGCCACCUUCUAAGUACACACAGGCUAGAGAGCAGCCAUCCCUAAAGUGACGCGCUCAUGUCCACAGAGGAACUAACCAAGGGACAAACCUCAGCCUGGAUGCCCCACCGGAGGACAGCCCGGGAAGAACACGGACAAUUCUUGGGUACUGUCUUGGCAGCUAUGUGUCCAAUAGCAGUGCUCUUUGCCACAGACUCAGGCAUGCCUUCCACCUAUCUCUAGCAAGCUCCAUAUGCAAAAGCACAAAGAAUGUUUGUCCAUACAUCUUGACAUGUCUCCCAAAUGCGCACACAUGCACACACACACACACACACACACACACAUUCAGGCAACAGGUACCUGGGCAAAUAUAUUCUGUUCAUCAAAUAUCCAUUGAAUAUCUACUUUGUGCAAGUACAUUAUCUGCUCUCCCAAAAAUGUCUCAUAGGAAGGCCUGGCCAGAUUCUAGCACACAUGCACAAUUAUAUAACCAGGCAAGGUACCUCUGCACUGUCUACCCAUCUACCACUCAGGUUAGAGAUAUGUGCUUUCUUGUUCCUAUUCCUCCAUAACAUUUUACUGGAAAUCCUCAUAUUUGGACAUUCCAACAACCUGGUACAGUUCCCAUCCCUGUGUAUUGAUACAGACACACAAAGUUCCCAUGUUUCUCAUCUGGGAGGCAAAGCUUAAAGUGAGAAGGAUCAAAAUUCAUUGAAAGCACCAUCUUGCAACUCAUGACAAGGUCCCCAUUUCCACUGAUAGGUAUCUAAUGUUGUCUAAGACCUCUCUUUGAGAUGCUACCCCCAGAACCACUCAACAAGGUGCCCUUCUCCAAACACAAACAGCUCUUGGAAGUGACUUCUAGAAUUCUCUGGAAACCAGGCAUACUCCAUCCACUUCAGUGAACUGCAGCUGUGGACCUGGGCAGUGUCUGUUUUACAGAUAGGAAAGGGAUGUUACACCCGAGCUAGGGAUCUCCUGUGUAACCAAAGCUUUUCAGCAGGGAAGGAAUUAAGAAAAUUUCUGGCACAGUCUCCCAGAAGGCCCACUGGAAACACUUUCAUAAGGUUGUAAUAAAUGCAUGGUAUGCUGCAGAUGGGAUACAGAAGUUAUAGAGUGUAAAUGAAAGUAGAAGAAAGCUAUAUAGAGGUUUAGUCAUAUUUAUCUCAAAGCUCAGGCAAGUGCCUUGCACACAGUAGAUACUUAGAACUGUCUGUGGUUGCUGUUGGAUAUGCAAUGAUGUUAAGGGUAAAUGUGUGAUACCUCGCUGAUCCCCCCAAGUGACCUUCUUUUCUGAGACCACUAAUUGCUGCAAAGGAUGGAAGGUGGGCAUUGAAUGCUCCCCAGAGGCUGCAUGCAGAACCAACAGUCAGGUUGACGUGGAUGCCCUGAGACCCAUGAUGACAGGUAGUCUAGAUCCACAGGGAGUUGAGGAGAGUGUCUGUCUCCCCAGCAGGCUGAGGUUGGGAGGCUGAGUUAAUCCAUUUACAUGACAAACUGGUUGGUAUUCUGAUUGUAUUGUGACCAUAUUACAAAGAUGGAGACUUCCCAAAUUGAGAGCGGGUUGUGCUCUGAAAGGUCACUUGCAAAUCUGCUGGGUAGCUCUCUUGAAAUAUUUCCCCACAAAAGCUGUUCUAAAUGGCAGUAAAAUUGCAAUUUAAUUAACAAUGUAGCUAAACUUUGAUAGCUGUUCUGCAAGAUUGUGUUCAUGGACAAAUGUACGCGCUGUUCGCUCUGCUAAGCUGCCUGGUGUUUACGUGCCCUGCAGGUAGACUCCAGGCUUGAGGAGGGCAGGCGUCUGGUGGUGACCGUUGCACCAGGGUCUUCUAAUGGGCCGCCCUGUGGGUCAUAAUUCAGGCCUUCAUGUAUUUUAGAACCAGUCACACCCACCUUCUCAUACCAAGGGGCCCCAAAUGCCCUGGGCACUCAGACCCCCUACUCCUUAACCCCUUUGAGCAGAGAAAGAAGCACUCUCUGCUUCUCUGUCCCCCCUGUACAUGGACAGCCUGUCAGGGAGCAUCUAGCUGUCCCCUUCCCAUCACAGGAUGACCGCUCAUCACCCCACACCAAAUGCACGUGCCUCCCCGCGUCGGCCACUGCCCACUGGGACCGGCUGCCCUUCCUGCCUCCAAUUCUCAAGCCCCCUAAGAUGGAUGACUUAGGGAGACGCAGAGCUGACGGCUGAGGCUGGGUGUCAGAUGUGAUCUAGGAGAGAGGAUCCCUAAGAUCAGGGACCACACAAGUAACACGGUUGUCAUGGCAACUGGCUGCUAGUUUGAAUUAAGACCGCAGUUGGUUGUCAUUGCCAUGACAAGGCCUCUGUCUCCAGGGGCACCGCCCUGCUGUCUCCUAAUCAAAUGGACUUGAACUACCUCCAGGCGCGAAACACCCAGAAACCCACUUCUCUGUUGCUUCCAUAGCCUAGGACUCAGGAGACCCAGAUGCUGAGUGAGGCUUAUGUUUUCUCCUCCCCAGCCUCCCCUGACAACCUCCGCCAGGGUCCCUCCAACACUGCCCGGGGUGCCCUUGGCCCCCAAACUUCUGUUGAAUACCUGGGUCUGUGCGAGGGGCCCAAGGCAAUCAUCAGAGCCAUUCCCUGUCAUCCCCACUCAUCCUCGUCUUUCUGCCCUGUUUUAUCUUCUAUUAUUCCUGUUCCUCCCAGCACCACCAUCCCAGGUCCAGCCCUUUCUUUAUUCCUCUUCGCUUUUACUCCUUCUCCUCAGCCUCUGCCCCAGAACUGCCACCGGCAGCCAAGGGUGCCUCGGGACCCGAGACUGCUUGGCCCAUCUUGGAGAGUUUAAGCUAAUGGAGGCAAGAAGACUGAUAAAGAACAGGUUUCCUAAACCAGCACAGGCUUGGGGAGGAGCCCCCAGGCUGAGAUCGGAACAGCUCCUGCCAAACUCGGCCACCACCAUCAGAGGAGGCCUUCUCCCCUCUGUUCAAUGUAUUUGCCUUUUUAUUUCUUGGAGGAGGGGAAAAUGUAGAAAAAGGGCAGUCACCUUUUGGAAAAGAGUAUAAAUGGUCCAAGCUGUAGAGUAUUUGUCAGUAUUUUUUUUUCUGGAAAAUUCAAACACAUGCAAAAGAAAAAUUAUUUAAAUAAAAGACUUUGAAAAUAAAAGGCCAUGCCUGGUUUCCUUACCUGUUGGCAUCAGUUACUUUCUUGACAUCCAAUAUUGCCCUCUCCCAGACAUCACUCAGAAAUGACAAAGGCAGCGACUCCCACUAGGACACAAAAGACCCAGCUGUCCCAGGGCUCUGUCUUCCCCCUGACAGAGUUAUAGGUCAAAGGACCAAGACCAUGCUCUCGCAUCCCUGCCUGCAGAGCAGACACCUCAGAGACCAGGCACCUGAGAGGCGCCAACUGCAGGGAAAACACUGACUGAUGCUCUCUGGUGACUCUUAGCAUUCCCUUCAGUGAGGUCAAUCAAGGUCUUCUUAAAGGAGAAAGAGGAAAAUAGCAAAAACCAAAAAUAGACCUCUAAGUUAAAUCCGGUGCUGGGAAAGGGGGAGAUCCAAAGUCUCUACAGUAGCUGCUGGGGAGAUAGAUACAUACAUAGUUAGAUGCACAGAUAGAUACAUACACAGAUACAUACAUUCAUAGUUAGAGACAUAGGUCCUUAGAUACAUAGAUAGUCAGCCAGACAGGAAGACACACAUAUGUAUGUGUAAAUGCCCAUCUUUUUUCCAAGGGGACCACACCUUUGCGCUGGUUGAGAAAUGGGAUAAUGUCAAUGCUCCAAAGUCCUCCCCUGAUGAUACUAAGCCGGCCAUUAAGCAGAAGCCCUCUAGAGCAGUGCUGUCCAAUAGAAGUAGAGAAGAUGGAAAUGUUCUCUAUCUACACGGUCCAAUAUGGUACCAUUCGCUAAGUGUAGCUAUUUAAAUUAAUUAAAAUUAAAUAAAAUUAAAGGUCCAGUAGCUGAGUUAUACCAGCCAUAGUUCAAGUGCUCGACAGCUAUGUGUGGCUAGCAGCUACCAGAUGCUUGGUGGGGACAGGAGUGGCAGAGUGGUCAAACAGGCCGACAAAACUCUGUGUUCAUUACAUUUCAGUUAAGGCUUAGGAAGACAGAUCUAUGGCACCGGCGCCCCCUAUGUCUUCUUUCCCCUAAGGCAGGCUGACAUUCCUGUAGUUUUAGUUGAUUCCUAGGCUCCCUUCCCCAUUGCCACACACUCCACGACAGCCCAAGGAAACAGUUUUUAUUCAGCUC